AUGAAGAAAAUUGCGCGGAAAUGGUAUCAAUACCGAGAAUCUCCUAAACAUCGCAUUGUCAUCAAGGAUGGGUUGGAGUUCGUUCAAAGUGCAGCAGACAAAGGGGAAAAGUACGAUGCUGUACUCGUAGAUUUAUGUGUUAACAAGAAAAGGGAUCUAAUGUGUCCGACAGAACACUUUGUCGGCGAUGUGGCAAUGUCGAACCUAGCUGCUAUCACUGCUAACACUGGUUUGCCACUUUAUCUUUAG